AUUUUUUGAACAGUUGCGAUUUCAAAGUGAGCUGAUGGGAAGAGAGAAAUGUAGCCGUUGAAAAUGUGGGCUCUGUCCAUUGAUUCAAAAUGCGAAGGCAGGCGAAAUAAAUUCUUCUCUAAUCUCAAGAAAUCCAAGAGGAGAGAUCAUGUAUGUGUUGGUGGUAACAAAUAACUCGUAUACAGAUUCAUGGCUACUAGCUAGCUAUUCAUUUACUUGGAAUUUAGUUCAGGUAGAGAGCAUCGCCGCUCUGUGCUAAUCGGAUCGCUUGUUCCUGUUUGCUUUGUUGGGUUCUCGAAGAAAUUGUUGGGUUCAACAAUGGAUUCCUCUACGCAAGGCAAAUUUGGUGUGGAGAAUAGGGUGCAGAAGAAGGCUACAGGUGCUCCCGGAAAAGUGGUGACAAGGGCUAAUACACGGGCCAGAAGAGUUUUAUGUGACAUUGGGAAUGUGGGAGGUCGUCCUGCAAGGCAAUCCAAUGAAGCUGAUGAUGUUCAGGCAGAGAAGUCUAAAAAGAAGAACCUGGUUGGUGAUAGGCCAGUGCCAAGGAAAUUUGGGAUCAAUCUCACAAACAAUAGUAGUGCAAGGGUAUCUUCGUCUUCACUGCAGAACAAAGAUGGAAAGGGAAACGUGAGACAAAAAGUGGCUGCAAAAUCAAUUAAGCUGUCAGCAUCAGUUAAAACACAUAAGCCUCUUGUUGUCCGGCUUUCAGGUAGUCAUAAGUCAGCAAUUGGGAAACCGCCCAGGGUUUCAAAUGUUGAUAUUUCAGGUAAACCACCAAGGGCAUCUACCGUUGGUUUCUCAGGUAAGCCACCCAGGGUUUCAAACCUUGAUGGUUCCGCUAAAUGCACCUUGAAUUCAGAAGUGCAUGAUAGGCCUUCGACAUCAGCAUUGACUACCAAGUUCUCAGCAAAACAAGCAUCAAGUUCUGCUGACUCUGUUCCUCAGAAGCCACCAAUACCUUCGAAUGAUUACAUCUCUGGCAAGGGCAAUUCUGAUGAGGCCAGGGUGAAGAAGGUAUUGCCACCUAAUGCUAGGGUAAUCUCAAGAAAAAUUCUGCCAGCUGAUGCUUCAAAGAGGAAAGUCAAGCCUCAAACAGCUUUUACAUCAGCAUUGACUACCAAGUUGAAGGUGCACCCAGCUAAGGCUAAGGUGGUCUCAGGAAGAAUUAAGCCACCUGAUGCCUCAAAGAGGAAGGGCAAAAUGCGAAAAUCCUUUACAUCAACAUUGACGGCUAGAAGUGAGGCUUUUCUUGGACCUAGUCAGCCAGAGAGAAUUGAAAGGGAGUUACCCAACAUUGAUGAAUCUGAUAAUGAAAAUCAGCUAGCUGUAGCUGAUUAUGUUAAUGACAUUUACAAUUUUUAUUGGGAUGUAGAGGCACGCAAAUGCCCAUCAUCCAGCUACAUGUCAAGUCAACUUGACAUUAAUCCAAAGAUGCGAGCUAUACUUGUUGACUGGCUUAUUGAUGUCCAUUUGAAGUUUGAACUGAUGCCAGAAACUCUUUUUCUCAUGACAAAUAUAUUGGAUAGAUUUCUUUCUAUCCAUGUGAUCACAAGAAAGGAUUUUCAGUUAGUUGGUUUGACAGCGUUGUUAAUUGCUUCCAAAUAUGAAGAGAUCUGGCCUCCUAAGGUUGAAGAUUUACUAGAGAUAUCAAAGAAUUCAUAUACACAUGAUCAAAUGCUUUCCAUGGAGAAGUUGAUGCUUAACAAGUUAAGAUUCAAUUUGACUGUUCCUACACCAUAUGUUUUCUUGAAAAGAUUCCUCAAGGCUGCUCAAGCUGAUGAAGAGCUGGAGAAUCUGUCGUUCUAUCUCAUUGAGCUCUGUCUUGUUGAAUAUGAAUCAUUGCAAUGGAAACCAUCCAUGCUUGCAGCCUCAGUUACAUGUAUAGCCCAGCAUGUCUUGAAGAGGGAGCCACCUUGGACAAGAUUACUCCAAAAACAUGCACACUACAUUGAAUCAGAGUUGAAGGAGUGUGCUACCAUGGUUGCAAGAUUUCAUUUGAGAGCAGAGAAAAAUGAUUUGCAAGUCGUUCGUAAGAAAUAUUUAGGUUCAGAUUUUAAGUGUGUAGCGAAGUUACCAUGUGUGACCUACUUACCAUGAGAGAAUUUUGUCCUCUUUUAAUUUUGUGAAUUUAUUCCCUGUAUAAUAUUUCAUAAUCAUCCUGUAGAUAUUACUUCCUAUUUUGUGAAUUAAAAUGAGUGCCUUGCUAUACUUCACAUUUUGUGAAUUAAAUGAGUGCCUUGCUAUACUGUAAAUCAAAUUCCGUUGCAAAUGUCAAGUGCAUUAUGUGACAUUUUUCUGUUAGGUCAGUUAAUAUCAAAUUUGUUCUGUGUAGAUUUGCAUUGUAUUUACAGUCAUAAGGGCAUGGUAUUCAACCAUGAAGACAAUGCAUGGGCAUGAUCAUGGUAAUGAAUAAGGGCAUGAUCAUGGCUGAAUUGAACAAGAUUUAACUUGUGAUAUGAAAUACCAACAGACAGAAUAUUACUAUGGUUC